AUGGCCGAUCGAGCAACUGGAUUUUUAGGUGGGGAGUCCAGCCGACAAGGAGCAGUAAGGUAUUAUACCCUUCGAGUCUUAUUACCACCCACGGAACCUCUAGCUAUUCAGCCAAAACAAACCCUAUACCUAGGACUCUUAAGCCUUUCGGAAGGGCCAGAUGACGAGAUGUCGGGCAUCUUAUUUGACUUAAACGAGCUGCCAUACGCAAGGCUAGAUAGUGAGAUCACGGCUCGAGCGAUGGUGAGGGACUUCCUGGAUGCGAAGUGUAGAGGGCUGAGGGAUUACGACUUGUGGAGCUUAUUCCGGCACGCGUUCUUACGCUGGGAUUGGACCAGUUUUACGAUGACGAGGGAUAAUACGGGACGAGGCCUUAAGCGUGUGGUGCCCCUUAAAGCAAAGGGGCUACGCCAAUGGGAUGGUCAAGCUCUUGAACGACGAGCGGCAGCACUAGUGGACCCUCGAGAAGAUAAAGGAGCAAUAGGCAACACCUUUAGGUCUCGAUUCAAGGUGGACCGCCGAAAACCUUACGGACGACGAGGAUACUACACCUUAACCACCUCUACCCUCGCGCAGUCUAAAAGGGAAGGAAAAGGAGGCCUUAAGCAGGAGGGAAGAAGGGGAAGAGAUUCGGAGGUUACGCGAAGAGUUUUUAAAGGAAAGGAGCGAUAUGGAACGAAAUAUGGAGGCUAUAGCAAAGCAAAUGGCGGAAUUACGGACUUACCCGAAUUUUCGAAAAACCAAGACCGAGUAGCAACAAAAACGGUCUUGAGAUCAUCAUCGGACCAGAUAAUAAUCGAGGCCACGAGAGCUAUACGCCAAAAGAGGACUCGCCAAAACCUGAGAGCAUUCCGGACAAAAUCAGCUCUUACUAGGGACAGCGUGCAGAUUUCCGUGCCCAGCCUCAGCAACUCGAGGGGGGGAUCCAGCACCUUCGGACGUACCGGCAAGCUACUUAUAUCUCUCAAGAGGCUACGUAUUAACAAGAGAGAGACUAAGGCUAGAGCAUUAGCCGGUGACCCGAAUGACCUUAGCGAUCUUAGCGAUGAUCGACGAAGAGGAAACGGGGGAGAUUGGCAAGGAGAUCGAGGACACGGAUACGGAAAGGGUAGGAACGGUCCCUCUAGACUACUAAAGGGAUUCGGAAACGGACCCUUAAAGGACCCCGGAUCCGGAAAUGAGCCUCUUAGGGACCCUGGAAGAGGACGGACCAUCGGCAAUUAUAUCGGUAACCCUGUACCGAUCCGACUAUUAGCUAAGCACGGCACGCUUGCGUACGGCACUCUAAGCGCCUUUGACGAUGAUAGAGACGAUUUCUCUAAGCUAAGAGCAACGGACCCUCACUUAAAGGCAAAGGAGUUGGCCUUGUUUGCAAGAAGCUUUCUUAAGGAACUGAAGCUUCCGACGUUCAAAGCAAACGCUAUUGCUGUGAGGGACCACUUCGAGACUGACCACCGGCGGCAAGCAAAAUACGACCGUUUGAAGGAUGAUCGAAGUCUUGCUGACAAGCUGUAUUCAGCUUGUAAAAACGUGCCAGAGACCACGAUUGCACGAAUGAAUCCUGCUUUUACCUUUACCGCGGCAGUUGUUGACAUUCGUCGAGCAAUUGCGUUUGCUACUAAGACCUCUCGACCUCUCGCCAAGGCUAGAGCUUACGCGAGCUCUAGCGAGCUACACGAUCACACCUGCUUUCAGCACGCCUCAGAAGCUGACUCCGAUUUGGACGAGGAAUACGAAUGCUUUAUUCAGGACCGCCAAUACUUCGAAGAAUUCGAUCAGUUUAUCGUAGGCUUACUAGACGAGCCACUCGAAUCGGGCAGUUACGCCAACAUGUCCGAAGGUUUUGUGAUUACCCACGGCACUUUUGACGCUAACGAAGUAUACAAGCAACUAGAGAUUCAGACGGCAUUCCACGCUUUUACUAGCCAAGUGGAGACUUAA